AUGGCGGUCGGAAGACAAGAGCCGCUCGUUUCCCGGCGAAUGGAGAAAACGGCGGAGCUGACGGCGCAACUGACGGAGCUUCGUCAGAUGACGGUCGAGCUGCCGGAGGAAACGGAGUCUGACGAUUCAAGCUCCGUCAACGACUGUGGUUCCGUGAACGAGGCGUCGUCGGGGAAUGGCGAGUGGGAGUCGGACGACGCGGACAGUCUCUCGCGCGUGAAGCAUCUCCGUUAUAAGCUUGCUGCGAGCCCCGUUUCUGUGCUGGACCUCAGGCAGCAGGUGACGAGCUUAAAAAAACGAGGCGAGGAAUAUGACUCGGAUGCAGUGACAACGACAAGCAGCGGAAGCAGCGGAGAGCUGGACCCAUCGUUGGUGCUCCAGGACUUCACGCAAUCUGUUCUAGCUGACGUGGCAGCAAACGUGGGGCUCGCUGACGUGGCGGGGAUCGAGCAGGACCUGGAGUACGUUCGCCACGUGUUGCUGCUGUCCGGGUUUGCAGGUGAAUCCCUCCCUCCCCGCCGCGACAUCCCAUCCCUCAGGCUCCCCGUGCGUCGAGAGGUGUUCGAACAGCUUGAGAAGGAGAUAACAGGAGAAAUUAGCAGCAACAGCAGCUGUCAAGACAGUGAGGCCGGCAGUCAAGGCAGCAACGGUGGCAGCAGCAGCAGCGACACGAGGAGCACGAAGGGCUCGGAGGAGCGCCGGCAGCGCAUGCUGCUGUUCGAUGCUAUCAAUGAGGCCAUCGGCCGCACACUUGCUCCGUUCCUCAACCCGCUGCAAUGGGACCUUGACACGUGUCCUUCCUCUGCCGCUCGGCCAGUCUCGCUCCGGAAGCUGAACCCGCGUCCAGUGGGGAAAGAUCUUCUGAAGAGAAUCUGGGUGGAGAUUCAUGAUUGGCCGAUUCCACCGUCACCCGACGUGUAUGAUGUGCUUGAUGACGCAGCGAGGAGGGAUAUGCAGAAAGGCGUGGAUCGGUGGUCGCAGGAAGAGAUACGAGACUCUGAGGCUGCUACAGUGGCGUUUGAUGUGGAGGAGAUGAUUCUAGACGCUCUUGUUGAGACUGCUUGUAAGGAGUACAGCGAGGUGGAGAGGGAACGGGUGGAGAGGAGGCGAGUGCGGGAGCUGCAGAGGAAAGCGGCCCGGGAGGAACAGGAGAGGGAGAGGCAAAGGUGGAGCAUUGGAGGGAGGGCCUGUGCGGCUGGAAGUGAGGUGCCUAGCAAUGUCUUUGGGAGGACACUGAUCGGGUAUGUUAGUGCUGAGAGGAUGGGAAGGGCAGCGACCCCACAGAGAGGAGGUGCAAGGUCCAGUAGCAGUGAGAGGGCGGCUGGGAAGGGUGUGGGGUUGCAUGGAGUGGAUAGGGCCCCUGCCAGGCCCACCACUCCCGUGAGGGCUGUCACUCCUGGGCGGGGCGUGAGGGCAAUUGGAGUAGGGAAGGUAGGUCAGAGGCCUGUUGGAGGGGUGGUUGGUGGGGAUGUGGAUAGGAGGUGGAGAAACUAA